AUGACGUCAUGGUUGUGCAACAUGGUACCUCUCGCUCGUUUCUCUCCUUUGAUGGUCGUUUCAUAGCUGAGCGGAAUUCGGUAGAAAUUUGGCUUAAAGUCGUCAUUUCACCUGGUUCUUUUGAACGUUUAAGGUCAUUAGUAGUCAAGGAGUCUACCUAUUUGUUAUUGGAUAUAUUUGAGAGACAUAAUCGGAGAAAGAGAACGGUCACUCCUCGUACUACGAGUCACCGGCUUCGAACACGUUUGGAACAGCGUGAAUCAAAUUUAUACUCCCCCAUGGCGGCAGAGGUCAGGCAUAAAAAGAACCCUAAAAGUGUUGUGUUCAAAUCCCCAAGUAACAACAAAGAUAACCAGAAAACAGCAGUUGUCAUUGAAGCCAGAGAUGUUAGCAGCUUGUUGGAAAAGUUCCUUGAGUACGAAGAGUCUCAAACUCAUACUAAAGUCGAAGAUUCUUCAAUAGCUCUCACUCCUGUAUCUUCUCCGGGCAACAAGAAUUUAAGCCCAUUAGGCUUCCCGGUGAAAGAUCCUGUAACAAAUAAAAUGCAGUCCUCAACUAAUCACGCUUUUGGGUUGACACCCCCAGUAAGUCCACCAUCCAGCAACACUAGCAGUCCGAACCUGCUUCCAGAAUUUAUACCACUGUCAUCAGAAAAAUCCCAAGAAAAUAAACCAUCUGGUGAAUUUAAGUCAGUGGGUAACAAUAACGAGAAGGAAAAUGCUUGUAAUAAUAAGAUUGAACGUGAGGACAUGGAAUUGUCUCCUAGUGACUCAAACAGUGGGGAGUCAUGUAUCAUUGAGAAAGCAGAUUCAAGUGCUUGUAGAUGUCCAACAACAACUGAUCAACAAACACAACGUAGUGACAGAAGUGAUUAUUUUCCAGAAACUCAUAAUAAAACAAUUGAGAAUGUUGCCAUUAACAAACUCACAGGAAUGAUCCCAUUCUUCCCAUUAAAUGUGAAUUCCUCACAAAGUGGGCUAUCUAAAGAUGCAGCAGAUAGAUUCGGUAAUGAAAGUGGUGAAGAUGAACCCAGGUUUAACCCAAGAAAUGCAGAGAAAGAAGGCUCAAGGAGUAGCAGACGCUCCCCUGAUCCCUAUGCAUCUAGUGACUCUGAAGACGAGCGUGAUAGGAUAAGAUGGAGACAACUUGAGAAAGAGAGGAGGUGGCGACAUGAACAGCGGAGUCGCAGAGACGAAAGUCACAGCAGGAGCCGCAGUCGUAGCCGAGGUAGGAGCUGGAGCAGGCAGAGAAGCCCUAGCCAGGAGAGGCGCAGAAUUCAUAGCAGGAGGCACAAUGACAGAAGAGGCAGGGAGCAGAGCGUGGAAGUGAAGGAGAGGACAGAUGAAGACAGGCUCUAUGACAUUGAGCAUGAGAGAAAGAAAACGUUUAGAAUUGACAGAAGCUUUAGAGAGGCAUCUAGGGAGGAAAGAAGAAUUGUUUACGUUGGGAAAAUUAGUGAUGACACCCACAAAGAUGAUGUGUGGAGAAGAUUCCGUAAAUAUGGUCCAAUUGAGAAAGUCACGGUGCACUUCCGGGACAAUGGUGAUAACUAUGCAUUUGUAACAUUUGUUGAGUCUGCCUCAGCACUGGAUGCAGUGAAUGAUGCCAACAGCAAUCCAAAAGAACCUGCGCUAGACAUUUGCUUUGGAGGAAGAAGGAAAUUCUGUGGUGGAAGCUAUGUUGACUUCGAUUCUAACACAAGUUAUAUUGAGGAGAAGUUAAUGAAUGGAGCUGGGCCUAAGGAUGAGGAUGGAUCUGGUGACGAGUUGGAUUUUGAUGCACUCCUUCGCAUGGCCAUGAAAAGAAAGUAGUCAUUAAAAUGUAGCCGAAUUGGAGAUUUUAAGAGUGAAAGAAAUUCAAACAGGGUUUUGAGUGAAAAUCGUAUUUAUUAUUAUAGUGACAAUUAAAAUAGAUACUGAAGUAUUGUUACUGAUUAUCGUGCUCAAAUAUUGAGUUGUUAGAAUCAUAUUAGUCAUAUUGCAAAGGACCUUAAUAUUGUGAAAUUUUCCAAAAAGCAGUUAUUAUGCUCCUGUAAAUAUCGAAUUUGGAAUGUUAUUGAGAAAAUUCUCUUUGACAUUUGUUUACAAUAAAUGGAUCAUUGAAGUAAA